UCUUAAAAAAACAAAAAAGCAUCUUUCAUUCUUGUAAGUCAAUGACAUUAGUUGAAGAUGCUGUUUCCUAAUUUUCUCCUUAACUAGUGUUAUCAAAUUUCAUAUAGUAUAUAUAAAUUAAUAUAUGAUGCUACUUUGUUGAAACACAUUUGAAGAAUCAUGAUAAAGGAAUUCAACACACAAACAACACUCAAUGUAGGGUUGGAGACCCUAUGGACAGCUCAGUCUAGGGAUUUCAUUUUCAUUGUUCCAAAGGUUCUGCCAAAUAUUGUGAAAGAUGUGCAAGUAGUUCAAGGGGAUGGAGGGGUUGGUACCAUCCUCAUCUUUAACUUUUUGCCUGGUAUAUCCCCAGUAAACUAUCAGAGGGAAGAGAUCACUCAGUUUGAUGAGUUAUCUCAUGAAAUUGGGCUGCAAGUGAUUGAAGGAGGCUAUCUGAAUCAAGGUUUGUCAUACUACAAGACAACUUUUCAAUUCACAGCAAUAACAGAAGAUAAGACUUUGGUCAACGUGAAAAUCUCUUAUGAUCAUGAAUCCGACAUAGAAGAAAAAGUCAAACCUACCAAGACAUCAGAAUCCACUUUAUUUUAUCUUGGGUGCCUUGAAAAGUAUCUCUUGAAUGGUGCUUGAAGAUAAUAUUUAACAUAUCUAGUAUAUGGGCCUCGUUAAUUUAUUUUUACUACUCUCCAUGAAAUGCUAUUUUUCAUUAAUGGCAUGUUAUUAAUAAAAAUUUACUUUCUCAA